AUGGCUCGCAUGGGGGUAGCAGGAGAGGAGCGGAUGUUUGAGGAGUAUUUCCACACGCCCGAGGCUACGACCUUGCUGGAUCCCUGGUUCUCGAGAGCAGUUGAGCUGCUUCCACAGCCGGUUCGGCAGGAGAUACCGCCCCUUGCUUUGUGCACUCCUGAACCCCCAUUGCUACUUUUCCCUACGCAACACUGUCGCCUAGCGGUCGAGAGCCUGCAGUCUCUUCAGGGCAUGGCCCACGAUGAUGCCACCUUGGCCCGUUUGACAUCCCUUCAGGGCCCGGGGGCGGGGGCGUGGGUCUCCGCCGUUCCGUCGCAUGACGAGGCUACAUUCACAGCACCAGAGUGGAGCAUCAGUGCGGCCAUGCGUCUAAGCAUCUCCAUCGUGCAGCUGAUAGUUGCCGCCAAAUGCGCCUGUGGGGUCGAAUUCGCUGAUCCUUCAGAUCCCCAUCAUGCCCUUCGCUGCAAGCAUCAGUAUGCACCUUCUCAGGUUCACCACGCGGUUAAGUUCGUUGUGGCGAAAACAGCUAAAGCGGCGAGUGGGGUGGUGGCUAUGGAGGACGAUACGUUGCUGCCAGGGAAGAAGGUGGAUGUGGCGGUUCGGAGAUUGAGGGAAGGGGAGGAGCAUGCGUUGGAGGUUAGCGUCCUUUGGCGGAUGGCUUAA